GCCACAUAGGCACACCGCCACAAAGCAACCAAGCAAGCCAAGCCGUAGUAGCAAGAGCAAUAGUAGCCAGGAGCUUCAAAGCAAGCAAGCAAGCAAGCAGCCAUGUCCAUCGUCAAGCGUGCUCUGGGGUUCGGCGGCGGCUACGGCCAGAGCAAGCCCGUGAUGAACUACCACACCCAGAACUCCGACUCCGUGACCACCGUCGUGACGGAGAUCAGCCACAUGAGCCUCAACGAGAAGCAGUCGGCGUACAACGGCGCCGUGCAGCAGACGGCCUCCCUCACGGAGCUGUGCAGCGAGGACGCCGAGGUGCAGAAGCACGGCUACGGGCAGCAGGCGUGCGGCAGCGACGUCGGAGGGUUCGACGCCCUCGUCCGUGACAACGCCGCGCAGAAGCACGGCGGCGGCUACGGCGAGCAGAAGGCGUCGUCGUACUCGUACCAGCAUGAGAGCGGCGCCCACGGCGGCUACGGCGGGCAGAAGGCGUCGUCGUACCAGCAUGGAGGCUACGGCGCCGUCAGCCACGACAGCGCCGGCGCCAAGCAGAAGCAUGGCUACGGCGAGCAGAAGGCCUACAAGCAUGACGAGAGCUCCGUUCAGAAGCAUGGCUACGGCGAGCAGAAGGCCUACAAGCAUGACGAGAGCUCCGUUCAGAAGCAUGGCUACGGCGAGCAGAAGGCGUACGGUGGUCACCACCAGGACAGCAAGGUCCAGAAGAGCGGCUACGGCAGCGAGCACACGGCGUACCAGCAUGAAGGCAAUCUCAAGGGGUACACCGCUCUCCACCAGGACAGCAAGGUCCAGAAGCAUGGCUACGGCGAGAAGGCGCACGGCUACGGCGGCGAGCACAAGGCCUACGACGGCGCGGUCCAGAAGCACGGCUACGGCGAGCACAAGGCGUACGACGGCAAGGUCCAGAAGCACGGCUACGGCGAGCAGAAUGCAUACGCGCAUGGGAGCGCCGCCGCCGCCCUCCACCACGACGGCUACGGCGCCGUGAAGAAGCACGGCUACGGCGGCGAGCAGCAGGCGUACCAGCACGGCGCUGCGGCGGGAGGGUACGACGCCGUCCACCACGACAGCUCGGUGCAGCAGAAGCACGGCUACGGCGAGCACAAGGCGUCGUACCAGCACGGGAGCGACGCCGGAGGCUACGGCGGUGCCCAGCACGGCUACGGCGGCGGGCAGAAGGCUUACGCGCACGGCGCUGACGCCGGGGGGUACGACGCUGCUUUCCACCACGGCGGCGCGAAGCAGACCAAGCACGGCUACGGCGGCGGCCAGAUGGGUUACCAGCAUGGCGCCUACGGCGGGCAGAAGGCGUCGUACCAGCAGCAAGGGUGCGACGGCGGCGUCGCCGGGUACGACUCGCUCGUCCAGAAGAAGCAGGGGAGCUACGUCGGCGGCGGGAACAAUGCGUACCCGCGGCAAGGGUGCGCCGGCGGCGACGUCGCAGGGUAUGAUGCUCUUGUCCAACUCCGGCAGAUGCAGAAGCAGCAGCAAUACAACCAGGCCGGAUGCGAGAGCGACGAAGAGAGCGAGGACGACAGCGACUGCGAAGAUGGCGGAUACGGAUACGGCGCUGGUGGAGUGCACAAAUACACCGCCGGCAGCACCAUGCCCGGCGGCACGCAGUACUACUCCGCGUACGAGCGCCGCCAGCAGCUCGGCGGCGGGAGCCACUACGAGGCGUACGAGAGCUCCACCACCCAGGGGUACUCCGGCGGCGGCGGGUGGGCGCAGCCCAAGAACCACAGCUACUACUGAGCUCCUGCCGUCCUGCCCACCUGCUUCUACCAGCGUGAUACAAUCCUACCCGCAGUGAUACUUACCUGCUCAUGCUCCUGCAUGGGUAUGCUAGUAUUUGGUGGACCUUUGCAUUGCAAAAGUGUCUAAAUAAGAUGUAAUUCUAACUGA